AUGCCAUUCGUUCUAUUGUUGUUGUUCAAUUCAAUAUUCCAUAACCAAAAUUUGAUCAUCCUUUGUCUUAACUUGUGAAAAGGUUUUACAAAAAAAAUUGUAAAUAUCUUUUAUAGGUAUAUAACAAUUUACAGUUUACAUUUGAAGCCGUAAAAUAAAUUAAUUUUAACUGUUUGUUCGUUCGUGAAGUACGCUGUAUGUUGUAAAUAGGUAUUCGAUGUCAUAUUAAUCAGCUGCUUGUUUACACCGGUAUUCUAAGCUGACUAGCCAUUCUGUGAAAUUUCAUCAAGUUCAUUAAUAAUGAUUUUUUCGUGCAAGUGUUUAAACAUUCAAAUAGAAACUAAGGGAGAAACCGUCAAAUUCGACAAGUGUAACUUUGAUGAUAGUUAUAACACACAUUUUUUUAACAAGAAACUUUUAUGUCAUGAAGCCCUUGCAGUUAUCAAACGACAGGACUGUUUAAUACAUGAAGAAAAAGUUAAUAGGUGGAUUACAUAUGAAUGUCUUAAUUGUAAUAUGCUGUGUUAUGCUGAACCUAUUGAUAGAAAAACUUCUUCAAUUUUAAUAAGUCCAGAUUUAUUGACUGAUGAAAAACAUUUAGAAGAUUUAAAAAAUUCAGUUUGUUUUUCACCGACAUAUAAAAUAUUUAUUAACUGGACUGAUGAUUCUAAUCAAAUUUAUUCUCCUAGGUCAUCAGCUUUAAUGCCACCUAAAAUUAAAGUUCUACAACGACAAAUGAGUGAAAAAAUUGAAGAGGAAACAAAAAUAGUAGAAGAAAAAAUUCGAAAAUUCACUGAAAAUCAAUAUUCUACUUUAGACGAAUUUCGUACUAAAGCUCAAAAUGAUUUUCAUUCUUUAGCCAAAAUUAUAUUGGAUAAAGACCAAUUACCCAACUUUAAUAACUUACCAACCCGAACAACCACCAAUAAGUUGUUAUCACCUGUACAAACAAUACCAAAACCAGUUAUUACUACAGUAAAAAAUAAUCCUAUAAUGAAUUUAAUGGAUUACACCUUUAAACCAUAUAAUAAGGGCGAUGGAAAUGGUAUGGCAUUAAAAACAAGUUUAAUUAAAAUUCCUUUGGUAGGUGGAAGUAACGAUAGUGGUCUACCUCCAGCAUCAUAUGACGCUGAAGGAUUAUUCCCUUUAGAGGAUAUGGAUAACUCACAGACUGUUUGUGUUUCUGAUGAUGAUAUCUCUGAAUCCGAAGUAGAAUCCGGAAGCCAUGAUGAAGGAAUUUACAUUCCACACCUUAAGCAAUUAGAAGUAGCUUCAUCACUUCCAGUAAAUGUUCCCAAAUUUAUGAUACAUAGUGGAAGUGUUCCACAUGAUGCCAAUUUACAUAUUCCUAUUGCCCGAAAAACAGAAAAUAAAACGGACAUUGCAGCUAGUAUUAAAGCAUUAGCAAAAAGUGUUCAUGGUGAUAGAAUUUUUGGAGAAUUACCAAGACCGCGCCUGGGAUCUCAAAUUUGAAGUAUAAUAUUGGGUUGUAAUUAAAGUACUUUUUAAGUACAUUUAUAUGAAAAAAUUUACAUUUUUGUAUUUUGGAAGCAUUUAUCACUUUCUACUUUUUUAAACUUUCUUCAAAAGUGAAGGUGACAAAUAAAUUUGUUUAUGAUUCAAACUUUAAUUACUGAUAUUUAAUAUCAUUAUGGAUUGGAAUCAUUUAUUAUUAAUAUAUUUUUUUUUAUAAUUGUUAAUGUGUGUAAAAACUAUUAGUACAAUAUUCAAAUAUAUUAUAUAUAAAAUGUAUAAUGUCAUGUAUAUAUUUUUUAAGGUGCUUACAUUUUAUAUUAUGCUGUAUGAUUGUUAUUUCUAAUUCAUAUGUUAAAAAAAUAUUUAAUAUUUUCAAAACUGAAUGAUUUCAUUCAGUUUUCUAUUAAAGUUAUUUUGCUAUUUAAUUAAA